AAUCGACAAUUGAAAAUUUUAAUAAUGUAUGACUGAUGUAUAUGAAAAGUUUUUUUACUAUCAUAUGCAACUAUACUUUAUAAUAUGUCUACUUCUAAUAAAAAUAUUAUUUUAAAAAAAACAAAAAAAAACUUAUUGAUUAAUUCAUUAAAUUAAAUCUACUGCCCCACCUCUCGCUCUCACCUAUCAUCAUAUCAUAUACUUAUUUUUUUAAAUUGAUUUUUUUUAAAAGCCCACUGCUCAGGGAGGCAGUGGAGUGCUGGAAUUUUACAUUCGGCAACGGCUUGAUUUGGAGGACCACGCCUCCCGUGGGGGCUACGGGUAGGGAACGGGUGCAUUGGGGGAGCAGGUCUGCACUUGGUCUAGUACAUAUUAAAAGUCUGAUCUUCUACUUGUGUAUAUGUGUGUAUGUAUAUGUGGUUGUCUUUACAUCUUCACAAAAACAUUACAUGGUAACGAUAACAUUUUACAGGACAGACAGCUCCAACCCCAAAGGUCCAGACCGGAUAGAAUUCAAGUAGGGAAUCUCUCCUCGGGGAAAUUUACAGGAUUCAUCUCAUUAUAUAAUCAAUUUGAACAUAUUAAUACAUAUGUACAGCAUUGGUCAAGACACCAAAAACUUUUAGCGCUGCAGCAUGAAGUCGGGUGAGCAUAGCCCCGUAGAAAGAUCAAAUUCCUAUUACAAUUUCAGGGCAAAAUUGGAUGACGAGGCCAACACUCAUCAUUGGCAAGAGCUUCUUGAGGGACUCCAUCUCAUCUGUCAUGAAACCAUCUUCAUGUAGGUGCUUGGACUGCAGGAGAUCAGUGAUGAGAUGACUGUCACAGUGUUUCUUCACAGAUAUCUUGGACUCGGGCUCCGAGACCAUCUCAGUCAGAGCAUACAGAUGGACAGAUAGGGAAAGCUCUUGCACUGUGUCACAGAUCGGCCCGGUCCACUCUCAGGCACUGAUUGACAGAUUGUGGAAGAAAUUUCAUUGUUCCUGUGCGAUGGUGGUCAGGGUGUAGGACAAUGGCUGGAGCAAUUUCUCUUUCCAGUCCUGAUGGGGCAGGGUUUGUUCUGACCCCUCCGUCCAAUCACUGGCCAGCCUCCAAAUCUGCUUCUCCCACAUUUCCACGACUGCAGCACAGCUGUUUAGGCUCAUGAUCUGCAGGCAGCCCAGUACAGCCGCAGUACAGCCUUUCUCCUCUGUUGGCAGCAAAUUGCUACAAAUUGCUAUGAGUGUCUGAUCACUCAGAAAACCAUUUUCCUCGGAAAAUGAGGGAGUAUUUCCAAUCUCGUUUUUUCCAGGCAACUCAUCUUGCAGAGUAACACUGUAUUGUCAGGAAGCUGGUAUACCGGGGCAUACUGAUGAAGUGGAGCAGUGUAUACCCUCCUUGCUCUCCAGAUCUGUCAGGAAGAACAUCAUAACUUCAAAUAUUGCAGUUCAAUCUUGGUGACACAUAUCUUUAUGCAGUGGGAAUGGGUUGCCCAAGUUCCUGGAAAGGAUAUAGUGGUCCAGGAUAAAGGACAUGAUUAUUAUUCAUUGAUCCAGGCAGCCUCCCUUGGCCAUGGCAUGAAUUAUUUCCACCAGCAUCUUCUUGAUGGUGCAGUUGUUGUCCAGAAGCGCUGGUAUGAGCAGCCACAAUCUGAGCCUUGCUGCUCUUCAGCUGUGAGGGCACAACCCAGAUCAGGUGCCUGUGGAUCAGUGUUCCCAGUCCCAUCUGUGGAUCCUGGAAGUCUAGCUGAGGCUGAAGAAAUUACUCGAGUGAGUUGGCAUCAUGUUGAACCACAACAGUGAAGCAGUUCAGGAUCUGAGUGCGGUUCCCGGUAGCAACUUGGUCAUCCCUGUCACCAUCCUGACAAAGCCGAGCUUGGAAGUAUGAAAGUAGAGUAUCAGAUAAUUUAUCUUGAACACUGAUGGUUGAGGUGAGACCUGAUAGAAGUACAUAAAAGUAUGAGAGGCAUAGAUGGGGUAGACAAACAGAACCCUUUUCCCAGGGUGGAAAUGUCAAAUACGAGAGGGUACAACUUUACGGUGAGAGGGGCGAAGUUUAAACGAGAUAUGCAGGACAAGUUUUUUUUCCACACAGAGUAAUGAGUGCAUGGAACGCACUGUCCACUACCAUGAUGGAGGGAAAUACAAUACAAUACAAUACAAUUCAAUUUAUUGUCAUACGAUUGUAAAUUUCAGAAACUUUUGGAUAGGCAGAUAGGUAUGCAGAGAAUGGAGAGAUAUUGAUUAUGUGCAGGCAGAUAAGAGUUGCUCUUAGCAUUAUGUUUGACGCAGACAUUAUGGGCCAAAAGACCUGUUCCUAUGUUGUACCGUUUUAUAUUCUAUCUUCAAGUUCAGGCUGGGACAGCCAUCCGUGACAGCAGGCUACGUUGUUGUACACACACUCUGGAUGAUAGGUAAGUGAUGGAAUUGGACGUGUAAUAGAGGCAGAGUUCUGAGAGUUUUAUUGAGGCAGUUCGAGCCGUCUAUCUUCUGCCAUUCCCCAGAGCAUUGAGGACUGUUGUGGUCAACACACAACCCUCCAUCACAAGCCACGUAUUGAUGAGAAAGUCAAAACCAGUGGUCAUGAGGCUGGCAAAUAAUUAUUUGACCCACCACUGGCUGAGGGUCUUCUUCUUCUUCACUACCUGAGCCAGGACGUUCGUACUAAAUGUCCCCAGGGCAGCAGCAGAGGCACAUUUCUGAGUGUGUGGGCGUGAUUGCUCCAGCUUGGAAAAUCAUGAACUGAGAGGAAAGCAGGGCUGUGAACAACCUUUAUUAGGGUUUUCACCUUGUAGUUUGUGGGAUGGGAAGGAUUGCUUCCUGUCUUUCUUUGCAACCUCCAGGACUUCCUGUGUGACCGUGCAGCGGGCGUGAGUGGGGAGAGUGAGCUACCUCGGCCUCCCCGCUGCCUUUAAGGAGGCCACGCUGCCCAGCUCGCUGUUUGUAAACAGAUGCCACUUCAAGAUGGCGGCGGGAGGGAGCAACCUCAGCGCCUGCAACAGAGUCAACGUUCCUAAUGGCGGCGGUUCGGGCAGCCCGACCCUCGCCACCGGCACGUCGCCACCUCCCUCGAUACUGGGCGCCGGCCCGGGAGGGGGUGCGGCGGCGGCGGCGGCCGCUGCAGCCGCCGCCGUGGUGAUUUACCGGGAGCCCAUGUACAACUGGCAGGCCACGAAGACGACAGUGAAGGAGCGCUUCGCCUUCCUGUUCAACAACGAGAUCCUGAGCGACGUGCACUUCCUGGUGGGCAAGGGGAUGGGGACGCAGCGCAUCCCCGCUCACCGCUUCGUGCUGGCCGUCGGCAGCGCCGUCUUCGACGCCAUGUUCAACGGUGGCAUGGCCACUACCUCCACCGAGAUCGAGCUGCCCGACGUGGAGCCCGCCGCCUUCCUCGCGCUGCUCAAAUUCCUGUAUUCCGACGAAGUCCAGAUUGGGCCAGAGACUGUUAUGACUACAUUGUACACUGCUAAAAAGUAUGCAGUACCUGCCCUUGAAGCACACUGUGUGGAGUUCUUGAAGAAGAAUCUCCGAGCAGACAAUGCAUUUAUGCUUCUUACACAGGUACGUUGGAACAUUCAUGUCGUGCAUGAUAACUGUCUGCAGAAGAAACUCAGAAAAAUGAGGCACAGAGCUAUAUGUGGUAAUACCUGCAUAAGGUCAGGUGAAGCAUUCGUGGGACAGCCAUCUGGAUUCCAGGGUUCAGUUUCUGUAUGGCCACGGAACAGGGAGGAUCGAGAGAGAGAACUAAACGGGGACGAGGAAAUUAAGGAAGGAGACCAAGUUGGAGAGGGAGAGGCUAGGCUCUUUGAUGAACCACAGCUUGCCAGUUUAUGCCUGGAAAAUAUUGAUAAAAAUACUUCAGACGCAAUCAAUGCAGAAGGUUUUACAGAUAUAGAUUUAGAUACACUAAUGGCGGUGCUGGAACGUGAUACCCUAGGAAUCCGAGAAAUUCGGUUAUUUAAUGCUGUGGUUCGUUGGGCUGAAGCAGAGUGCCAACGACAGCAGCUUCAACUCACUUCUGAAAAUAAACGUAAAGUAUUAGGAAAAGCAUUGUCGCUCAUCCGGUUUCCAUUAAUGACUAUUGAGGAGUUUGCCGCAGGACCUGCACAGUCAGGAAUUCUAACAGACCGAGAAGUUGUUAGUCUUUUCCUACAUUUUACAGUCAAUCCAAAGCCUCGGGUAGAGUUUAUUGACAGACCUCGCUGUUGUCUGAGAGGCAAAGAGUGCAGCAUCAAUCGUUUCCAACAGGUGGAAAGCCGUUGGGGCUACAGCGGUACAAGUGACCGAAUAAGGUUUACAGUGAAUAGGAGGAUAUUUGUAGUUGGGUUUGGUUUGUAUGGAUCAAUACAUGGACCAACAGACUAUCAAGUAAAUAUACAGAUUAUCCACACUGACAGUAACACAAUUUUGGGACAGAAUGACACUGGUUUUAGCUGUGAUGGGUCAUCCAACACUUUCAGGGUUAUGUUCAAGGAACCAGUGGAGAUUUUGCCCAAUGUUAAUUAUACUGCAAGUGCUACAUUGAAGGGGCCAGAUUCGCAUUAUGGAACAAAAGGACUUCGUAAAGUUAUCCACGAAUCUCCCACAACGGGCACUAAAACUGUCUUCACUUUCUGUUAUGCUGCUGGAAAUAACAAUGGAACAUCAGUCGAGGAUGGGCAAGUCCCAGAGAUCAUCUUUUAUACGUAAUCAAGCUCUGUGGGGCCUCGAUCUUGGAUGGUCUCUCAAAUACAAACUGAUUGUAUGCUACUGUAUAUUUGAAAUGAAGAGUAAUGUGCCUACUACUAGGCACAAGUUUUGAAUAUUGUGCUUUUAAAUUUUUAUUGGCUGACAAUGUAAAAAUGCUUUUUCCCUUUUUUUCUUUCCUUCUCCUCAGCUCUGUAUUGUCACAGAAUGUGGGAGUAUUGAUAUUGUGGUGCCAAUUUUAAGCAAAUGUUUUGCUUAAUGAUGUGUGAAAUGCACUUAUGUAACCAGGGCUGUAGCAAAGUUGAGUGUUUAAGCCUUGAAGUUUCAGUUUAAAGACCCAGGGCAUUAUUACAAUGAAGAAGGGUCUUGGUUAUGGUUAAGGCCAAAGAUGUUACACUGCAUACGUGGAAAGCUUCAAAUAAGUAUAUAAUACAUUACUCUGUAACAGCCUUGAAAACCUUGGAUUGUACCAGCGGCUUAUGAUACAAGAAACUAAAUCCAGAUCUUUUAACAGGGAAUGUAUUAACUUGUAAUGUUUAAUGAAGUGUAUUGGUAAAUAAAUCUUUAUCAGCACCAAAAUAUAACCAGAAAGCUGAAAUAUGUCCAAUCCAUUUUCAGCUCUUUCUCUCCUUUAACAUUUGUAAAUAGUGUAAUCCUAACAGAGUGGAAGAUCUCUUUUAAACUAUUACUGUGAUAACGUAUGUGGCCAGUUAUGUAAGGGUCCAAUUUCUGGGAAGAGUGAUGGUUUCCAAUACUGGUGUAAAAUACAAGUCAAUCAAAUAUACACAGCAUGCCUUUCCGACUGAAAGGUGAUUUUUGUGCAUUUAGUUUCAGGGACUUCCACUCAAUACCUGACAUUUAGAUUUCCUUUUUUACAUCAAUUAACCUUUCGGCUGAUUAUAUUGGCAAGUGCAGAACAGCUCACCCUGAGUUUCAAUCCAGUUACUGAGUUACCAGACCUAAAAUUGUCUUUAGUUCAGAUGAUGUAAUUUGGGAAGACUUCAAACUGAAUAAGAGUUAUUAUGACUUAAUGAAACGGGACAGUUUAAAUAAAAGAUGUCCUCUAAAGUAUAGCAGCAUUAAAGUUAGAGAUUUUAGAAAAUCAUAAGGAUCUUUCUGAGUGAUAUGUUGCAUUCUAGCCUCCCUCGUGUAAUAUAUUUGUAAAGACAUUACUUUAUUUUCUUCAUGAAAUUAUUUCAAACAGUUUGAAGAAAGUAUUCUAUUCCUCCAGUCAUUAAGGCCACAUCUAACCAGCUCUCGUGUGUGUUUUGUGUUUUUUUCGGAGGGGUUUUAAACGUUUGCACUACUUUCUUCCAGCCACCACUUUGAUUUUGUGCACACAUUCAGCUAUAUUAAACACUAGAAAGCGUCAGAACAUUUUUGCAUUGAGAUACAAUUUUGGAAAAACUGGUUUAAUAGAAAAAACAUUGUUAUUGUGCAACAGCAGAGAAAGGUUUGAUUUUGCUCGAUAAGUUUAAAGUUAUCACAAAGUAAACAAUGUAUGGGUAUUCACAAUGAAUUGUAUAAAUUUCAAUCUUGAAAUAAUCAGUUCUAAUUCCACAUGGACCUUUCUGCUCAAUCCUACUUCACUUGUAUUGUGCCUUUAAUUAUAAAAUCAAUCAACUUGUAUGUGUCUGGCAGUAACAAACCUAAACAUUUGUAAUAACAGAAAAGGCUGAAAUACAGAAAUACUCAGCAAGCUUGGCUGCAUCUAUGGAGCAAGGAGCUGUAUUAAUGAUUCAUAUCAAUGACCUUUCUUUAGAACCCAGGAAAAUUUAGAAAUCCAACCUGUUUACAGAGAAAGGGUAGAUGGGACAAAUGGAACAUAUGUGGUAAAUAAGGCUGAGACGAGGAGGGACUGAAUGACAUGGAAGGGUAGUGAUGCUGGCUGAGAAAGAGUGGUGAAGACUUGACGACAUUUAUAUCCAGUGAAACAUCAAGGAAGUAUGGUCUAUGUAUAAUGUUUCCCUCCAUCUUAUGAUUACAAUUGAAAAGUAAUGCAUUAAAGUUAAAAAAAAAAAUCUAAAAGUUUAGCCUCCCUAUUGUAUUAUACUUGGACGUUAAUAUAAUUUGCUAUUGAAUUUCUUCCUUUUAUACUUUUGUUUGUUUUUCAAGGACACUGCUUUCACUUGCGCCAUUUAACUGUAAUGAAAUUAGUCAUUCUUUUUUUACCAACAUUGUAAUUCAUUAUUAUUAAUGUAGUUUUUUGGACAAGGCUGGAAAAUAAUGGUGCUAAUUGGUGAACCAUCACUAUGAGACUGGUGAUUGUCGCCAUUUUGAAAUUUAAAAACUUGCCUUGGAAGUAAUAUUUAUCAGUAUUGCAGUAUUUUUAUCUUGCAAUCUGCUUUGAUGAAUACAUUUUGACUAUUCCAUCAAACACAGGAUUGCCAAAUUUAAUCAUGAAGGACAGUUUUAUUUCUUGCACACUGUCCAGCUUGGCCGGAUAAAUCUUCAUCUGAAACAUUUGUCAUGUUUUAUCUGCAGUAGGAACUUGCCAAAAUAGUUAAUUGCACACACCAUUUGGUGCAGAAAUGCAAUUGAAUCCUUGUACUUAAAACAGCUUUAGAUUUUGUUUUGCUUAAAAUGUAUUGAACUGCAGCUUUUUGUGGUAAUAACUGUGGUCUCCCAUACAGAAAAUAAUUAUGAUCUUUUUACUCAUGGCUUCAUUUUUGUUUUAUGAAUUAUUUAACAUUUUCUCAGGUUCAGACAAUUUUGACAAAUCCUUUUGAGGAAAAAAAUGUAAAUCAUAGCACCAAAUUUCCCCGAGAAGGUAAUUAAUCUAAUUAGCAAAUAUGUGUAAAAACAAAAAUGAAUAAUGGGUAAAUACCUAGGUUGGUUAAAUAAGUUAAUGGUAAUUGGCAAGAUGUGGCAAAAGCCUUUUGUCCUUGUGCCUUAGUAACUUAAUAAUAACUAUGAGCCAAUCUUUAAAAAUGGGCCCACAUAAAAAGUCCAUCACAGAAAAAUCACAAUUCAAAAUAGUGAAUCCAAAUAAGGACAGCAUUUAUUGAUUUAUUUUCAAUGAUUCCUUGAGAAUUUAAGAUAAAUUUUCAGUUGCCCAGUUUGCUAUUGCCUACUACAUUUUCAGCCCUAUGCAAUUUCACAUUUUUGUUUGGAAAUGCCCGUCUAAAAUGUUUACUGAAUCCAGGACAAGUGAAGAACUGAAGAUCUAAGGAUAGCUAGUUUACAAUUGUGUGAUACAGCCUAAACAACCAAGUAAGAUUAGCAGUCUGCUGUCAGAAAUUGCAGAAUUCUGCAUGAUUCAAAGCUGUGAUUUCCAGAGUCAUUUAUCUGAGAAUUAUAGACUAACUGCAUGCACUUUAAGCAUUUGGAAUCAGCUAUUGAGUGCAGAAAACUUUGUAUUUGGGAAGCUGGAAUAAGAACACAGUUAUCUCCCCUGGUGCUGCACUGAUACUUGAAGGCUUGCUGAGCAACAUUGUUAUGGCCCUUUCAUCAACCAAUACACAAGUCGUGGCAUUAUUUAAAGAUAAUUCUUGCUUAUUUAGACGAUGAAUGUAUUGCAAAUUUUAUUGUAGAAACUCAGAAUUUGCAAGUAAAUAUCAUGUAAAUCUUAAAGUACUUAGAAUCUUAGAUACAGUGGGAUGAAUGUAUAAACUGAUCAGCAAAACCUUAUGUAGUCUCACUUAAGCUUUCAGAGCUAUCUUGUCAACAUGUCUACAACAAUUCAGUAUCUUUGCAGUAAAUAUGUAGAAUGGCAAUUGAGCACAACUGUCUCAGUGAAGGUUCACAAAAGGAGAAUAUUUUAAAGCUGAGGGAGUUUACAAAUAGUGGAACAAGAUUUUGUUGCAAACUGAAAUACAUCUAUCUACACACUCCCAAAGGGACAAAAAGGCAGGAUGGUUCAGGCCAUACAACAAGCAUGUAAAUUUAAACACAAACUAAUUUAUCCAUGUUAAAAUUAAAAUACUAGCCUAAUUAUCAUCUACUGGGCAAAUAUUUUUACCCCUCGUCACAUAUCUAGGAAAGUCACUAUGGUAGUAUGAUUCCAUUUGUUGCAAAUGUGUUGUAUUUUGAUUGACUUGCAGCUCUCUGAAACACUUGAAUAGGGUUUAAAAGAUUGGAAUUCAGUCCAGAGAUGUACUGUAGAUUCAGAAUUUGUUGAAGUAAUUUGGAAAAAUAACAAAUCAGUAAGUGUAGUAAUUCAAUUAGUUUUCAUGAACACUUAGAAUUUUUGAACUGUAAUAUGAUAUAUUGAUAUGCACUUUACAAAUUGACAGAAUACAAAUUUAAAGAUUGACGUUUCCAUUUGGGCCAUUACUGGCACUGCAAUGCUGUCCUUGUGCUCCUUGAUGACUUAGAACCACAGUUUUUUAAAAUGUAUGUAAUCUCAUUUGUGUGUGUCUAACUACACUCUGGAAUACAGAAGUACAAUGUUCAUGGGAUGCACAGUAAUCUUAUAGCCCCUUGAUGGAGAUGGUGGGGUAACAAAAAAAAAAUGAUCAGUGAAUGUUGGAUUGGGAAAGGAAACAAAUUUAGGAUAUUUUGGGUAAGUCAUUGUUAUUGGAUCAUUUUUGUUGGCACUGGAAAUUCAACCCUGUAUUUAACUGAGCAUUCACCCAUUUUGAACACGUAUAAUUUAUUAAUGGCAUCCACGUGCAUUGGAAUGACUUCUAUUUGAGACCAUGUUUGAUAAUGGUUGGUCUGAGGUAUUGUUUAGACUUAAAUAAUUAGCAGGAGAGAGUUAUCCAGGCAAUUAAAUCAUUAAGAGGAUCUGAAUGAGGCUUGAAGAACGUGUACACAUUAUCAGCCCCAGACUCUGCAUUGCACUCCUGUCUAUUUUGUGAUUUAAAAAAAAAAAACAUUAUUCAUAAAUGUGUAUUAAUCCCUGAAAUCAAAAUUACUUCAAAUCCUUAAGUGAUGUUAGUGUGUGCAUGUUACAAUUAAAGAAUAACCAAUUAGAAAAAGUAAUUGGCAAAAAUAGUCCCUAAUGUAUAAUGGAUGGAGUCCAAACAUUGUUUCACAAAUCUACUUUGUUAAAAUAAAACUUUUUAAAAUA